UGACAAUAACAUUGACUUUGUUUUGUAUACAUUUUUAAAUUUUCAAAUUGCAGAAAAAAAUCACAUUACAUUAGAGCAAAGAGAAUUUCGAGGAUUUUUCACAAUUGCGAAUAAAAUUAUUUAGAUUGAAUUAUUGAAGUGGCCCUCUGGAAAUAAUUAGAUAGUAUUUGAAAGUUUCAAAAAAAUGACAACUAAUUUAAUUUUGAUGGCUGAGCGAAUGAACGAGUGUUUUUCCGACUCUCUACUUCUGAGAUGUUAUUUAGUGGAGACGAAAAUCUGUCGUGUACAAAGCGAUCAUAAUUGAGAGACGAAGCAAGAAUAAAAACAUACCAAAGAAAACAAAUCACAAAAGAAUUAGAAGUGCCAAACCAUGCUAAGGCACAGCAAAAUAUUUGAGACCGAUGAUAUCACCGCAUUCUUGCUUUGUUAUUCAGUAUGUUUAGCAUAAUAACAAGCAACUAUAAAAAAAAAGAAGUACACUCGAAGAUUCGGAGCUGAUGACAUUCAGAGUACCCUUCACUGCUUUUCAAAGCCUCUCACCCCAAUCAUUUGAUUCUGUGCCGUAAUGUAAACACCAUCUUGUAUAUUUAUGACCAAUUAUUCGUAUAAAUUAUUUACUCAAUGCAGUAAAACAAACCGUGUAAUUGUUUAGUACAUUUUUUCUUUCUAUCAAAUUUCUCUGCAUUCAAGUUUUUAUCCAAAUUCUUUUUAUUCUGAUUUUAUCUUAACCUCUCAACUUCCACAAUUCGGAGAUCUAUGAAUUAAGUAGCAAUAAACCAUCUCAUAUUCGUAUGCGCUGGUUAUAAGUUGAGUAACAAUUCAGUCUAAAGGGACACCAUUGUUGCACAGCUAUGGCAGUGUCCAGCACUGAGCAGUCGGAGGCCACUCGGAUCCAGAAGCUGGAAAAAUUCCUCAACCGGGAACUCAGGGGCAGUACUCUCACUAAUUACACACUCAAAGCAGACAUCAGAGCUCAUCGCAAGGCAGAGAAAAUCAACAAGGUGGACAUAUUGUCAAGCAAGAUGUUCGACAAGAAAAUCCUGAAUGAGUACAAACUCGCCCGACUGCACAUAGAAACAGACCAGAUGCGAUAUGCUCGCAAGCUUCACACAUUCAAGAUUGCCCAGAUGAAGGCAAUGCAGGAGACUUCUAGUCGAGUGAAUACUGCACCUGGUCUACCUAACACUAGAAGGGGAGGAGGCGCCAUGGGAGGAGGGGGAGAUGGCACUGCACGCACAUGGACUUCAGGCAGCAAGAAGAUCAACAAUGCAGAUCUGAGAAACAUAAUUCGGUCUAGCACAAAUGUAAGUUCGGCAAAACUUCGAGUACCACAUGACGAGGAAGAUGGAGAAAACCGAGCAAAAACUGCAGCUGCCGCAUUCGCCAACAGGUCGACUGCAAGACACCUCCUCAAUUCACAGGACAUGUUCAUAGCCAAACUGUCCACUUUGCUCAAACCAGCAGAACAGGAGGUGAAGAGUAAACGCGUUAAAGAAGAGCCUGUGGAAGUGGUGGUGGAACUAACGCCACAGCAGAAAAGGAACAGAUCUAUCGUUAGACUGCCAACCAUAGCUCUGGACGGGGGAACCGCAGCCAGGGAGUUCCAAAAGUAUCCGGAUGCGCCUGAAGAGUUUGUGAUGCGAAGAGACAACCUCCUCAAGGAGAGUGACAAGGAAGACACGAUGUACGCGUGGCUGGGGUUCGACUCUCAAGAGCAGAUGAACAAACGUAGAGGACUGGACAAGUUCAAGUUAAUGGCCAAGAGAGUCACAAUCAGAGCAACACCUCGUACAAUGGAACAAAUAGGAGAAUGAUACAAGGCCCUCCAAUAAACACAUUUGCUUUAUUGACUGAUCUUCAGUUUAAAUGAUUUUAUGUAGUCGGUAGAUGGCAAUUAAUUAAAAACUUUCAGGAAAAAUUAA